CACAGCAAUGUGGUCAUUAAUCUUGUUGGAAAGGAAUGGGAAACAAAGAACUUCAGUUUUGAAGAUGAAUUUGUAAAUAUUCCUAAAAGUAUUGCACAGAUAACUAGAGAAGCUGGGGUGGAAACUCUCGUUCAUAUCUCUCAUCUGAAUGCCAACAUGAAGAGUCCUUCAAAAUACCUCAGGAAUAAAGCUGUUGGAGAGAAGACAGUGAGGGAAGAAUUUCCAAAUGCUAUAAUACUGAAGCCCUCUGAGAUGUUUGGGAGAGAGGACCGAUUUCUCAAUCAUUACGCAAACAUGCGCUGGUUUGGUGGCGUGCCUCUCAUAUCUCUGGGGAAAAAAACACUGAAGCAACCAGUAUACGUGGUUGAUGUAGCACGGGCAAUUAUUAAUGCCAUUAAGGAUCCUGAUGCAAAAGGAAAAACAUAUGCCUUGGCUGGACCGAAGCGGUACCUGCUGUAUGACAUGGUGGAAUACAUCUACGCAGUCGCCUUUCGGACCUUUCUUCCCUACCCGCUUCCACGUCCUCUCUACCAUUUAGUUGCAAGAUUCUUUGAGAUUAAUCCAUUUGAACCAUGGAUAACACGAGACAAAGUGGAUCGGUUUCACACUACCGACAUGACAUUUCCUGACCUUCCUGGUUUGGAAGAUUUGGGUAUUCAGCCAACAGCUCUAGAAGAAAAAGCGAUCGAAGUCCUGCGCCGCCACCGCAGGUACCGCUGGCUGGACGCUGAGCUGGAGGAGGCAAAACCAGCUAAGACUUACCCCGUGUAACAGUUGAUAAGGUGCUUACUUUAGCACUUCUUAAACUUCCUUUGUAUGACCCAAUUUGUUUGGAGAACUGUGUACAUACCCAGUAAAGCAUAU